UCACAUGACUGGAACAUUCUGCCUCAUGACACAGUGAAUCUGCUGCCAGACGCUGGAGAAACAGCACCGCUCCGUUUAUGAUCUGAUAAAAUCACUCAUAACUCUCGGACCCGCGCGGCUCGUGCUCAGUACGCAGUGUUUAGUACGCGCAGUUUACCGCUUCUCCUGACGGACGUCGAUAAGAGAGACAUGAUGGAGAAACAGUGUGCUGCAGGUGUCUGCUGGACUCUACUGAUGGGGUGUGUGUUUGCGGCUCAUGCGGUGACAUUUGAGGUGACCGAAGGAAACUCCACCUGCAUUAAAGCAGAACUCGACGCCUCCUUCAGCAUCUCCUACAACAGCACUAAUGGAACGAGCGUGGCGGCGUUCGCUCUGCCGUCCUCAGCAGCGGUGGCUAACGGAAGCUCCUGCGGCGGCGCCGGCGUUCCUCCAGAGCUGCUGCUGUCGUUCGGAGCGGGUCACAUGUUCUCUCUGGUGUUCUCCAGCGACGGGCGUCUGUACAGGGUGGCCAACAUGAGCCUGCAGUAUAACCUCAGUGACACCAGCACCUUCCCACAAUCCUCCAGCGCAGGAGUCGUGUCCGUGAUGACGAACGUGUCGGAGAUCUCUGCACGGAUGAACAGCACCUACAGGUGUCUGAGCUCCGCCUCCUUCAGUCUGGACGCAGGAGUGAACGUCACCUUCGCUAAUGUCCGCAUGGAGGCGUACAUGACCUCGGCAAACCUCAGCAAAGACGAGAGUGUUUGCAGUGCUGAUCAGACGGUUACAACCGUCGCCCCGACACAAUCACCCAAAACCACGGCCGCCCCGUCACCCGUCCCGCCGCCCGCCGCCCCGGAGCGCGGCAACUACACCAUCACCAACGGCAACGGCACCGUCUGCCUGCUGGCGCUGAUGGGGCUGCAGCUCAACGUCACGCACUUCUCAAAGACUCGCAACCAGACCGUCAGUGAGGUCGUGAACCUGCAGCCCAACAGAACGACGGCCUCGGGGUCGUGCGGGGUCACGGUGGCCACCCUGACGCUGGCCGAGGAUCUGACCAACCUCACCUUCACAUUCACGCUGAACUCGACCACGCAGAAGUUUCAUCUGAGCGCCGUGAGCGUCUCCGCCUUCUGGUCCGACAUGACGGAUCGGUUCGUGGCGAGCAACAGCUCUCUGGACUUCCUGCAGUGCAGCGUGGGCCGCUCGUACAUGUGCAGCGCGGAGCAGACGCUCGCCGUAGUGUCCGCCUUCUCCAUCAACACCUUCAGACUGCAGCUGCAGCCCUUCAACGUCACCGCUAACAAGUUCUCUGCAGCGGAGCAGUGUCGUGUGGAUCAGGAGAACAUGCUCAUUCCCAUCAUCGUUGGAGCGGCUCUGGCUGGUCUGGUGCUGAUCGUCCUCAUCGCGUAUCUGAUCGGCAGGAAGAGGACACACGCCGGAUACCAGACCAUCUGAUCAUCAUCAUCAUCAUCAUCAUCAUCAUCAUCAUCAUCCUCCUCCUGCGUCUGUGCUGUGAUUGCCUGCUUCAGAGCGGCUGCAGCUGGACGCACUGGACUGAGUGAGUGUGUGUGUGUGUGUGUGUGUGAGAGAGAGAGCGGGUUCAUUCUGUUCUUCUUUGCUGUGAGGUCAAAGGUCAGGGGUCACUGGUGUGUGUGUGUGUGUGUCUAGUCGACUGUCAUCUGUGUCUCAUCAACUCGUCUCCUGUUUGUCAGUUUGUUCCUCUAAAGCCGUUAUAUUAAUGAAUCUGUGUAAAUAAUGAUUGUUUUAGGUCAGAGGUCACGAGUGAGACUACAAAUAACUGAUCAGCCAAAGUGGACAAACCUUCACUCGUCCUCAGUUAUACAAAUCAUUCAGAAAUAAUGUCAUUUUAUUAUUAUUAUUAUUAUAAUGUUCUUUUUAUUCUAAAAAUGUUCAAUGUUUUCGGUGACGGGUUCAUUUGUUGACAUUAAUAACGAGCGAUUCGUUCUUCCAGCAUUUCUGAAUCUUUAAUGUUAGUUUAUGAAAAUGUACGUUAGUUCACAGUGAAUUAACUGAUGCAACUCUCGAUUGUAAUAAUUAGUAAAUGUUGAUGAAUAAAUUCACUGAUGUCAACGAAUGAACCUCGUGAUCAUGUUUCCUGUCUGCAGUCAUUUUAAUUGGCUUCUUGUAAAAACAAUAUAAGUUUAAGACCACCUCAUUUACAUAAGUGUGUGUAGUAAAUGUUCUCAUCAUGGUGUGUGUGUGUGUGUGUGUGUGUGUGUGUUCAGGUGUCUGUGUUAUAAGCACAGCCGUCACCAUCAAAUACAUCAAUAAACAAACUAAACCAUUUUAUUCCAAAUAUAAACAUGCAGAAACUCUGAGGGUGUGUGAGGAUAGACCAUAUCAUUAGCUCAGAGUAAAAACCUGUGUGUGUGUGAGUGUGUGUGUGAGUGUGUGUGUGUGUGUGUGUGAGUGUGUGUGUGUGUGUGUGUGUGUGAGACACUGGCAUUAAAUGACACCUGAUAUAAAUAAUUGAUGAUGUUGUUGUAGUUGUGUCUCGGAUCAUGAAGCCUGUAUAGAGCCGCUGGUGAAUUACCCAUGAUCCUCCACUCGCACACACACACUCGCAGCAGCUGUCAGUGUAACUGAUGGUCAGUAAAGGGAAACUGUGCCUGUUUAACAUGAAUGAUUGAGUCUGAUGUGCUUUUCUGGAUGUUUAUAAGAAACUCUUCGCUGUUUGAAGUGCUUCAUCAUCAUCAUCAUCGUCAGUGUGUUUAUGAUGAUGAAGAACACUGGGUUUGAUCUGCAUUGGAGCUCUGCUGCGUUCACACCAUGUCAUAAUUACAGUAAAUAUUCGAUUCGCUCUCGCUGUACUGUGAUGUCACACACCGGACGUCUGCAGUGGUCAGGUGGUACAAGCCACAGCUCUCAGAAAAUCACCUGUUUACAUGUUGUAAUUACACAUCAUACAGGCUUUUUACAGUUACAGUAAUUACGACAUGGCAUGAACGUGCCUUUCUUUAUUGUGGUGAAUUGUUUGGUCACAUGACUUGUCAUUGGGUCAUGUGACUCCAGUGCCGUGUUUGCUGGUUUCUGCUCUUUUGUAGCGAAUGUUUCAUUAUUUUUAUGCAUCAGGGUUUGAGGUUAAUAAAUAAAUAAUGACUUACA